AUGUUGCCGUCAGCCACGACAUGCGUGUUUUGUCGUGUACGCGGGGCUUCCACGGCGCCCAGAACGACAAGACCAUCGUCAAGUUCGACAAGUUCGCGACGGAGGUUCGAAACGGCUGGUACAAGGACGUAGAGUACACUCUGAAGGGCGAGGACGGAGGGGACAUCAAAGAGAAAGGGCCAUGGUUGAUCGUGGACGGCGGAUAUCACAACUGGAAGCAGCUCCAGAGUCCGAUCAGGGUGCCAUCAACCAAGGCCGAGUCGGGGUUCAAGAGACAGCUCGAGGGCGUCCGCAAGGACUCGGAGUGCUGCUUCGGCGUCGUCAAGGGUCGGUUCAGGAUCUGCAAGAUGCAGUUCCUCUACAGGAAGAAAGAGAGGAUCGACAACACCUUCUUCACGUGCAUGAUACUGCACAACAUGCUUCUCGCCUACGACGGGAUCGAGCUCUUGGAGCCGUACUGCGACUGGGCCGGAGCGGACGGCGACCUCGACGAAGACAUCGUGCACCCUGACGUGCGGAUGAGUGCGCCGGCCGUUGGUGACCACCUUCGCUUACCGAUGGGGACAGGGGACCGUUGGGUGGAAGAGGUCGUGAUGAGCGUUGAGAAGUCACAUGCUGCUACGUUGACGGCGGGGAGGUAGGGGGGGGGGCGUCGGCUGCAAUUAGUGGCAUUUUGGAAUCAAUCCCCCUGUUGAAGACUACAUCCCUCUCCGGCGUCAGCAUCGUCAUGUUUCGUUUUUGGUUCUUGUUACCAAGUGUCGCCUUUGCCUUUGCCCUUGCCUGGCCUUCUUUACACUUUGCCGUGUUGUUGUAUCAUUGUCGUAUGUGGUCUACUGUAUGAAAUCGUGUCUGGCCUGUUUCUGAUUCCCUUCGAGUAAUCCAUACAACUGUCUGCGCAUUGGCAUCAGAUUUGGCCUCUGUGUCUCGGUGUAUUAUUUAUCCUUUCUCGGUCCAUCUUUGCGCCUUUUUUGUUGAGGGGGGGUGGGACAGCCUCGAGGCUAGGCGGAGUUUCCUUCGCUCUGCUGGCGGAAGACUGUUUGUUUAGCUUGUUUUUCGCAGCAUUAUGUUUUUGGGUCGGAGUGGUUUGCUUUGUGUUCCCAUGGCCUGACGCGUGCGUAUGUACGUUACAUUUGUUUACGGUACAACAUAUUUUUUGUUUUUGUUAAGUUUUUGCGGCGUCGGGUGUACCCAAAUAUGUGACCACAGGCUCCUAUGGUUGUUUUGGAAAAGAGAGCUACAGAUUAGUAAUUGUGAAGUGAGGACACAGGCUUCUGUCAGGGACAGGGGCCGUUGUCGCCGCAUUUUAAACCCGCUGCCAAGGGCUGCUAGGGUUGAGGAAUGUAGCGAGAGGAACUAGAUAAAGGAAGAGU